GUGGACAUGGGCAAAGUAAACCUGGAAGUAAUCAAGCCAUGGAUAACAAAAAGAGUAACGGAAAUCCUUGGAUUUGAAGAUGAUGUAGUAAUUGAAUUUAUAUUCAACCAGUUGGAAGUGAAGGCCUGAACCAAAAUGGAAGUUAUUCCUUGCGUCUGAAGUAUAGCACCAUCACCUUAUUAGGUCACAGCAGAGUGAGUGUCCAAUGUCGCUCUGACCAACUCCCUUGAUGAUGCAGUGUGUGUUUGGAGGUGAGUUGUGUAAAGUGGCCGAACCAAAGACUGACAAAGCAUCCAGCAGAAAGCCAUUGGGCAAAGCUUUACACUGCUCUUGAAAUAGUUGUGAAUUAGAUGAGAUUAAAUGUAAAGCUUAAGGUGCAGUUAUAAAUUGGUAAGAGGCGUUCAGUGGAGACCUACUCUGUAUAGAACUAGGGCUGUGUUCAGUAAGGAUGGAGGGGUAAUAUAGUAAUUACAGUAAAAAUAUGCUCCAGGUUGCUAAAGAGGAAACCUUGUAAGUGUAAGAUACCUUCCACUGAAAUUAGUGGCAAGACACCCAUCUUAAGUUAAUGGAACUGGAUUGCACCACUGGAAUACAGCUAAACAGUUGCCAGUUGUGUAACAUGAACUUCAAAAAUGAAACUGAGUUCAUGAUAAACUUUGUCUUUUAUCUUAAACAAUCUGCCACUGCAUCCCAAGAGUCAGUACAGUAUUUUCUCUGAACUAAUGGCAGAAAUGCUCUUGUGCUAAUAUACAUUAUGCUCAAUCUUUCUUCCAAAGAAUUCAUCUUUAUGAUUUGACUGAACAGUUGACAUUUCAACUGAGAAAGAUAAAUGAUAUAACAUUAAACUCAAGGUGGUUGAGUUGCAGUAGGGAGUCGGAAGCAAGCCAAGGGAACAUCUUUCUCUACAGGGGACUUGGCGAUUCCAAACCCCCCAAAGUUCCAAGAAGAAACUGAAGACACCUGGAAUCUGUACUUGCUUUGUGCUGUUGAGCUGUGCUUGUUAUAUGGACCUCGUUGCUUUGACCAACAAUGUUAGAAAUAAAGUGCCCACUUAUACUGUGAGCCAAACUUGACCUCUUAAUCCUUUGUGGGCAUUGCAUAAAUGUCAUAAAAACCAGAUAGGGCAGCUUUCAUUCCAUAAACGUGUCAGUGAAGGCUUAGUCUAGUUUGCUGAUGAAAGUAAGAGAAUGCAUGCAUAAUUUUUUGUUCAGUUUUCACAGCAGGGUUAUUGUAGAUGAUGAUUCUGUCAUGUUAAAUAAGUGUACAGCUUCUGUCCAUUGUACGGAUCACAUUAAACAAAAACAAAAAAGAUUUUCAAGCAGCAGUACCAAAGACUAUUGGGGAAGAAUGUUUAGAAAGUUAACUACAAAGAAACUUUUAUUAACUAUUAUGAUGCUGCUAUACUAAAUUCAUUCCCCACAGCUGUAGCGGCUGCAGAGACCAAAAUGCUUAUGAAAUCCACAAAGGAUUAACAGGCCAUUUUGAAUGUAAUGGUAUGAUGAGAGAAAAUUGGUAAACUGUUAGGACUAUGUUACUGAGCAACUUUUAGGGCAAGUUUUUAAAACUAGUAAUGAGCUUAAUAUACUGUAGCCCCAUGGUAAAAGAUUGUGAAAAUUAAAAUGACUUAUCUGAGUUUGUUUUUUUGAAAUAACCUGUAUUUCUUCCUGUCACAUCUCUUUGCAGAAUCCAGAUUCCAAAAUGAUGCAAAUCAACCUGACUGGAUUCUUGAAUGGGAAAAAUGCUAGAGAGUUCAUGGGAGAACUGUGGCCACUACUGUUAAGUGCACAAGAAAACAUUGCUGGUAUUCCAUCUGCUUUCCUGGAGCUGAAGAAAGAAGAAAUAAAACAGAGACAGAUUGAACAGGAAAAAUUGGCUUCCAUGAAGAAACAAGAUGAAGACAAGGAUAAGAGAGACAAGGAAGAUAAAGAAAAUAGAGAAAAGAGGGAGCGAUCCCGAAGUCCUAGAAGGCGCAAAUCAAGGUCUCCUUCCCCUAGAAGACGCUCAUCCCCUAUCAGGAAAGAGAGAAAACACAGCCAUUCCCGAUCCCCACACCAUAAAACAAAGAGUCGUAGUGUUACUCCUGCACCAGAAAAGAAAGAAGAGACCCCUGAGCCAGAACCUUCAAUCAAAAUAAAAGAAACAUUGAUUCAGGAGGCCACAUCUACUAGUGAUAUUUUGAAAGUUCCCAAAAUCGAGCCUGUGCCAGAUAUCAAGGAGCCAUCUCCAGAAAGAAUUUCAAAAAAGGAAAGGGAGAAAGAAAAGGAGAAGAAUCGUCAAAGGACUCCUUCCCGAUCCAAGUCAAGGUCAAAGUCUCGCUCACGGUCUGCAUCUCAUUCAAGACCAAGAAGGCGUCAUAGAUCACGAUCCAGGUCUUACUCACCAAGAAGGCGGCCUAGCCCAAGACGACGCCCAUCUCCUCGGAGAAGAACCCCGCCGAGACGCAUUCCACCUCCACCCAGGCACAGAAGGAGUAGAUCUCCUGUGAGACGGAGGAGAAGAUCGUCAGCAUCUUUGUCAGGAAGUAGUUCCUCCUCCUCCUCUUCACGUUCCCGAUCUCCACCAAAGAAACCACCUAAGAGAGUUGUCUCCAGCCCUCCUCGUAAGACACGUAGACUGUCACCUUCAGCAAGUCCUCCUAGGCGAAGGCACCGCCCCUCCCCACCCCUAACUCCACCCCCAAAGCCCCGCCGAUCUCCGACACCUCAGCAAUCGAACCGUGCAAGAAAAGGCCGAGGCUCAGUUUCUCCCAGUAGAACCUCAGCACCCAAACGUAAAAGUAUUGAAAAAAGGGAAUCUCCCUCACCAGCACCGAAACCUAGAAAAGUAGAAUUGUCAGAAUCGGAAGAAGACAAAGGUGGUAAAAUGGCAGCUGCAGAUUCUGUGCAACAAAGACGGCAGUAUAGAAGGCAGAACCAGCAGUCUUCAUCUGAUUCUGGUUCAUCGUCAUCUUCUGAAGAAGAACGGCCAAAAAAGUCAAACGUAAAGAAUGGUGAAGUGGGUAGACGCCGGCGACACUCGCAUUCCCGUAGCCCUUCUCCAUCUCCACGAAAGUGGCAAAAAGAUUCUUCCCCUCGGAUGCAGAUGGGAAAGAGGUGGCAGUUGCCAAUUGAUAAAAGUAGGAGGAGGCGCAGUCCAUCGCCACUGCCUACAAGAAGACGACGCUCUCCUUCCCCUGCCCCUCCUCCAAGACGGCGUAGGUCACCUUCAUUACCACGCCGAAGGUCUCCAUCACCACCACCUCGCCGGCACUCUCCCACACCCAGAAGAUAUUCUCCUCCAAUACAAAGAAGAUACUCUCCUUCACCCCCUCCAAAGAGAAGGACGGCUUCUCCUCCUCCCAAACGAAGGGCAUCCCCUUCUCCGCAGCCUAAGCUUAGAGUCUCCCGUUCUCCACCACCAAAACAAAGAAGUUCUCCACCCCCAAAGAGACGCUCGCCAUCAAUAUCCUCCAAGCACAGGAAAGGAUCUCCGCCCAGCAGGUCCAACCGUGAAGCCCGUUCCCCUCUGCAGAACAAACGGCAUUCUCCUUCGCCACAGCCUAGGCCUUCCCGUCCUUCUGCAAGUCCCCCGCUGCUGCGCCGGGGACCUUCAUCUUCUCCCCAGCGAAGGCAUUCUCCAUCACCAAGCACUAGGCCCAUCAGAAGAGUCUCGAGAACCCCAGAGCCGAAAAAGUCUAAGAAGGUUUCCACACCAAGUCCACAUUCUGUGAGAAGGGGAUCUUCAUCCAGGUCUGUUUCAGGAUCUCCUGAGCCACCUCCCAAGAAGCAUCCAGUGCCUCCAUCUCCUGCUCGAUCUCGAUCACCUUCUGCUCACUGGUCGCCACCAGCACCUGCAAAGAAGGCUAAAAGUCCUACACCAAGUCCAUCACCAGUAAGGAAUUCUGAUCAGGAAGGGGGUGGCAAGAAGAAGAAGAAAAAGAAGGAUAAGAAGCAUAAAAAGGAUAAAAAGCACAAGAAGCAUAAGAAGCAUAAGAAAGAGAAGGCUGCAGUUGCUGCUGCAAUGACUGUUUUUACCACAUCUGCACAGGAAGACCAGGAGAAAAAUAUGGAGCCCCAAAAGGAGACUGAGAGUGAAGCAGAAGAUAACCUGGAUGACUUGGAAAAGCAUCUGCGUGAGAAGGCUCUGAGGUCAAUGAGGAAGGCGCAAGCGUCUCCACCAUCUUAGGCUGAAGCAGCAUUUGAUAUAAUGUACAUUUUGUUUGGUUUGUACUCAGACUUCAAUUUCAAAUUGCUAAAAUGUGUUUGAGCUUUAGACUUUAACAUUGGUUGUAAUAAUUGCUAGGUUGAAGUUCAUGUUUAAAAAAAGGCAUGGAUCUUCAUUACAAAAAAGCAUUCACGGUGUACUAGUGACCUCCUUCAACAGUUGACAUGGUUUCACUAGAAUUUUCUUCUGCAGUAAGAAAUUCUCUCCCUCCCCUCCCUUCAAGGGUUAUAAAACGAAGCUUACAGAUCCCACAGUUCCUCUAAAAUGCCGUUGUACAAAUGCUUAUGGAGUUUCUAAUCUGAUUUCUUGCCCUAGGCCAUUUGUGGUCUGUUCAGUUAUCAAAGAAAUUGCAUAGAAACACUUGCAAAUUCUCAGAUUUCUCUGUUUGCCUGUAUUGUCUAUGCUUAAAACCGGGAUUAGUAUUUGAGGACGGUAUCUAAAUGGUAACCAGCUGCUCUUGCCAGUGGGUUUUAUAAUGAUGUUUAUCUGGAAUGCUGGAAUUUAAUUUGUUGUUUUUUCUCUUUCCCGCCCCCUCCCUCUUUGUUUUCUUUUUAAAUUAGUUUCCAUAAUCGGCAAUCUCAGCAGAGUUUGGCAUACAGUUUUGUUCUGUGAAAUGUUGUUGUUGCCCCAUUCAUAGGUUUUUUUGUUUUUGUUUUUUUUGUUUUUGGUCUUGUUGCGGUCCUUUGGAAUAGUGUGAAACUUUCAGAGCUGUGAUCUCUGAAAGCCUGAAGGGCCUGAACUUUGGAUAUUGUCAUGUUCUCACUGGUUUUUUUGUUUUGUUUUUUUAAAGACUAAAGCUAUUAUAAAGCUUGUGGAUUAAACAAAAUAAAUUUCUAAAUUUAAAGGA